UAUGGCGCACGUUGCACUGCAUAUACCACUAUUAUCGCUUACUUCCACGCAUUCUUUUAGCACAUUCUUUCUUUCUACUUUCGCCGCUUUCGCAGCAUUUGAAACGGCGAGCGGUGACAAUGUGUUCAGUGCCAGCCACACGCCCACCGCGCCCGUUGCCGCCGCGAGAGACCUCCGCUACCUCUUGUAUGAUGUGAACCCUCCUGAGGGUUUUAAUCUCCGAAGAGAUGUCUACAUCCGCAUGGCCUCCCUGGUGAAGACUUUGAGGAAGAAUGGGGACGACUGGGUCUUGGUUCUUCCCCCAUGGGGUCGCCUCUACCACUGGCAGAGUCCCAACAUCCACCAGAUUCGCAUCCCAUGGGGAGAAUUCUUCAGUCUCACGAGUCUGCAGGCAAAUGUACCUGUCAUUGAAUAUGAGGAGUUCAUUGCUGAGAAUGGAGGCCCGUUCAUAGACCAGGUCCUGAUAUUACAAAACUAUGCGGAGGGAUGGACUGAUGGAAAAUGGGAGGAAAAAGUUGAUGAACGGCCAUGCAUUGAGAAGCUGAUGUAUUCCAAAGAUAAACAGGGCUACUACAGGGGUUGGUUUUGGGGCUACGAAGAGACAAGAGCUCGAAAAGUAACAUGCAUAUCAGCACAGGGCCACGCCUCCAUUAUGGCUCCCGUUCUUCAGAAAAACAUCACAGUGACCUCAGUCAUGCUCGACCGAGCAGAGACACUCCUUCAUGAUCACUAUGCGGGGAAGGAUUACUGGGACACCCGUCGCAGUAUGGUUUUUGCGAAGCACCUCAGAUUAAUUGGAGAUGACUUCAGGGCGAAGCACCUCAACUCCACUGACGACCGAGACAACACAGGAUACAGCGAGGACUGGACUCGCAUGAAGGCCAAGCUGGGCUCGGCUAAAGGUGGGCCGUACUUGGGCGUCCACCUGCGCAGGAAGGAUUUCAUCUGGGGUCACAGAGAGGACGUGCCCACCCUCAAAGGGGCAGUAAAAAAAAUGCAACAGCUGAUGAAGAAACACAAGCUCAACAAGGUGUUUGUUGCAACUGAUGCAGAUGAUGAAGAACUGAAGGAGCUGAAGAAGCUGUUGCCUGACAUGGUGCGUUUCGAGCCUUCUCCGGAGGACCUGGAGCUCUUUAAAGAUGGCGGCGUGGCCAUCAUUGAUCAGUGGAUUUGUGCUCAUGCGAGAGUCUUUAUUGGAACGUCAGUGUCCACCUUCUCUUUCCGGAUCCACGAGGAGCGGGAGAUCCUGGGCUUUGACCCCAAAACGACUUACAACCGGUUCUGUGGGGACUCGGAGAAAGAAUGCGAGCAGCCCACACACUGGAAGAUAGUUUAUUGACAUGUCCUUGGAGUUUCCUUACACACAAGUGCCAAAAGCAGUGUUAAAAGUGGCAUUUAUUUGUAUGGAGUAGACAAGAUAUUUAACCUUUAUUGUUUUAUUUUUUGUUUUUUUAACUUUGAUAAUUUGGAUAUUGUGCAAUCAGGUCUGUCGUGACCACUGUGGCUGAACUUUGAGCUCAAAAAAGCCAAGACUUUUCUGCCAAACAUGUGUUACUGUUAUGUUCAACUGUUUCAUUGUCAUAUAUUUUCACGUUUUAUGCUGAAAUUGUGAGCAAGCUAAGUUUUACAAGGUUUCUGUUAUUUAUUUUCAAAGCCAGCACACGUGGUGGUAAAUGUACCACAUAAUGUUGACUGUGUGUGCGUGUGUGCGUGCCAGUGUGCGUGAUGAUGUUUUAUCAGAUGAACUUUUCUAGAGUCAAACAUUGAGCUCCUGAACAGAGAUAAUGGAAUUGUUUUAAUUGUUUUUCUUAUUUCAGAUAUCCUGAAGACAUACCCAAGGUUUUUGAUCAGAUUGUGACAGUAUUGCCUUUUUUUUAUCAAGAGUGCUCUGUAAAAACAUCUCAGAAAGUUGUUGGCACACUCGGUGUUUCUCACCACAAAGCACACAGGCUGAAUAAAUAACAUGUAUUUUCACCUGACAAGCUGUAGUAGAUGCUGUGCUUUAUUAAUGUUGGAGUAAAAGGAGGCAUAAUUGUGAAACAGUUAUUGAACAUUUAAAAAAAACCCUAUAUUAAAAGUCCAUUUCAGUCUUCUGUUGUUAAUACCGACUGUGUAUUUGGCCGACGCAGUUGUUCGUUGCGUGUGGGUCGGACUUGCGCCUUCUCUG